AUGUCGGACUCUUUUCAUGACGACUCGGAUACUAUCGCACCCGUCGACGAAUUCGCGAGCCAUGGUGGCGACUGGACCAAGGGCUCUGACCAAGAGGACGACUUGGCAUCGUCCUCGUCGGACUGGGGCGCGUCGGCGCUCCGUUCGAAUGACGCGUCGCGGGUGACCGCGUCAAAGCCCUCGGCCGCGUCAACACGCACCGUGACCCAGAACAAGUCCUCGGUACCCACUUACAGCACCAAGGACGACGUCAAGAAUGCUAAGAAGGAAGGCGAUACGGGAUCUAUGAAGCACAAGCAACCCUCCCGUCGCUCUUCCGGACAUCAAACAUCCUCUUCCUCCCACCACGACGACCGUUCGAAGUCCUCUACGAUGCCUUACAACUCGCGCGGCUCGCACUCCCGAUCUCACCGACGAAGCGACGACCGAGACGCCACAGUUGGAGAGAUUCUCACGCUUGUCCGGACGUUUGUCUCCGACUUCAACGAGCAGAAGGCGACGAUUGUGAACCUUGAGAUCGAGAUCAAGGAGCUCAAGGAGCUUGCGUAUCGCCAGCAGGAAGCGCAAGACGACCUUAAGCGCAUAUGUCAGGCCUGGGAUGGACACGAUGAUCAGUAUUCCGCGCACGACGGAGCACUUCAUUCCGACGAAGGAAGUCAAUUCGCCGACGAGUCGAACGCACAAGGUGGCGAAGGCUCUUCGGACACAGCCUACGAUGCCUCGCGGGACGCAUCCCACGCGCCUGCAGACGAACAGGUCCCCAUGCGUAACACGGAGACGCAUGACCAGGAGAUGUCCCCGUUCGAGGAAGACGAUCACAAACCUGCCCCGGCGCCUCACGACGAUGAACGCGAGCCGUCUCGCAAGCGCCAGCGAGUUGACGCCCCUAACAAUGACCAGAAUGGGUCACGCGUGUCUAACUGGGUGGCUCGCUAUCCUUCUCAACAGGGUUACCCGCCGCCUCGCAAGAACCAUCAUCCGAACACGAACAACAACUUCAAUCACAAUCGCAGCGGCUUCCGUGGACGGGGAGGUCGUUCUUACGGUUACCACAAUCAAGGGCAUCAUCCGUCUGCAGGCGCUGGACCAUACCCUCAGGGCAACUUUGGUUUCCGGCAGCCGGAUUCCAGACAGUUUCCCUCGCAGAACAACGGCCCCGCUUUUCAAGCCCAACACCCCCAGAACAACGGCCCUUUCAACGCACCCGUACCUCCUGCCCAGCGCAGGAACUCCUCUUUCGCGCCGAACCCCAACUCCCCAUUCAUCCCGAAUCCGCACUACAACCCGAACGAAGAUUCUCUAUACGUCGCUUCGCAGGCUUCCCCACCCGCGAUGAACAUCGGCGGCCCGCCUCCGCCUCGGGGUGUCAAGCGCUCCUUCCAGCCGGACAUGCAUCCUCAGUACGGUGGGGAAGAGUACAUGCAGCAACCGCCUCCGCCUCCGAUUGCGCGCCCACAAUGGCAGCAGGGCCCAUCUGUUCAGCAGGGUCCCUUCCAGUCUCGCCCGCGUCGCCAGCAAUACCCCGCUCAGCCGCAUCCCUCACAGCACCCGCGCCAACUGCAGGAUCGCAUCGGCAACUAG